AUCUUUUAUCAAUCGUAAAUAAAUAAUUGUUUAUUAUAAUAGGCAAAAUUCUUAUUUUUAUUAUUAUAGUAAUAUUAAUAUUAAACUAAAAAAUAAUUUUUUAAAUGAUUUUUUAUCAAUGAAUUUUUUUAUUUAUACGAAAUUUAAUUUACAAAAUUAUUUUUAAAAUUUAUUUUGAGACGCUAUUCUUAUCAUAUCCUUUAAUAAAGAUAUAGAUUUAACUUCUUGGUUUGAAAUUUAUUCGUUGCAUAUUUAAAAGUUAAUUUAUUUCGAUAAAAUUCGUUUCAUCGUCCAUUGGGAUGUUGCAAUUCGAUUAACUCAAAAAAUGUAAUUUGUUUCAUUCAUCCAUCGAUAAAACGGUGAAUAUUAUUUUUUUUUCUUUUUUUUUUCUUUAAUAUAGAACAUAUUUGAUAUAUUGGAAAGUAUAAAAAAAUGUAACUAUAUAGUUAGCAGAUGUUAGAAAAUUUCAUAAUGUAUAAUUGAUGAUACAUUUUAAAGAAUAAUGCGCUGUGUCGAUGUUUGAAGAUACUGUUUAUUUAUACAUUUUUUUGAUCUGCGAUUUUUUGUAAAAAAAAAUUCUUAUUUAUUUUUUAUUACAACAUUGCUCAAUUAUUCAUGUAAUAUCGAUGUAAUAUUGAUAAAUAUUCAAAAAUUAUAGAAUUAUGCUUUCAUAUUUAUUAUAAUAAAACGAUCACAAAAUUUAUGAAAGCUGGGAAAAAAAUUUUUUAAAUAUUACGUUUUAUAAAUUCGCGAUAUUGCAAAUUAUCAUUAUCAAUUUGAAAAUUGAAAUAUUGCAUAAUCAAGUGAAAAUUAUUAUUAUUCUUUGUGAAUGUAUUCAAAGAUUGCGAUUUCAAUUAUAGUAUAUUGUUAUACAGUAUAUUAUUAUACAUAUAUUAAUAUACAUUAUAUUAAUGAUUAACUUUAUGCUUUGUAUUUUAUUAAUUAUGUAGUUUAUUAAUUAUAAAAAAUAUUGUUUUUAAAAUUCUUAAAAAAAAUUUUAAUUAUUUUGAUUAUAAAAUUUUGUAUAAUUAACAGUAUAUAAUUUAUUAGUAAUCAAGUUUAUAAUUUAACUUUUCUUAACAUUAUACAUAUAUAUUUAUUAUAAUAUUUAGAUUCUUAUAAUAAAUUUUAAUUAGUUAAUUAUUAAUAACUUUACUAAAGAAAAUCUUUGCAAAUAUUUGAAAUGAACGAAACAAUGUUUUACUUGAUCAAUGAACGAUCGCUAUUCGAUGGAGUAAAUGAGGUGCUUGCACGUCUCUCGAUUGAAAUGUUGGCGCGUCGCAUUUGAAAUUGCUUCGUCUGCAUAUUAAAAGUCGUGAGAAGUAACAGGGAUAGGUUUCACGGUAUUCUACAUUCUAUAUUCAUGCAAAAAUUCUUAUUUAUUGGAUUAAAUAUAUCUCAUUUUUCCAUUUAAAUAUGUAAUUCAUUAUUUUUCUAAUAUAAUAUGUGUAAUACUCUUGUACGGUUUUAUUAAAUUAAAAAUUAAAUUUCAUUAUAUUUAUAUAUAUAUAUUUAUAUAAUAUAUAUAAUUAAAAAUAUUUUUAAUUAUAAAUAUAUCACUGACUUAAUAUCGUGAACAAAAUAACAAUACUUUUAUAAUUUUUAAAAUUAUUUAAUUUCGUAUUAAUGUAUCGUAAAAUAUCGUAUAUUCAUAAUCUAUUUGAUCGAGAGUUAUCAAAAAAAUAUACAUCGGAUGCCCAUCCCUGUUUCCGUUUACAAACUUUCAAGGUUGUUUUUAUUUUAUUUUAACGCGUAUUCCAUCUCCAUCCCCUCUAUUUUUCUCCCACUAUGUAUAUAAUACCUCCCCCAUUGAACACGUUCACACAGUACACUUUCAGAUACGAACGUCUAUAUAUUUUUUCAUACCGUGUAACGCAUGCGCACAUUCUCAUUGUUCGCCGCAACUCCUUCCAUACGGUCAUGCGUGACUGCGUCGACCGUUUCCUCUAUGCAUUUUGAUUUUUGUGUUUAUAUCCGUAUGGUUGCAACAUUGGAUGUUUUAAAAUCGAUCUUAGUAACCCAUCGCUAUAUAGAGUUUGCUAGUAAAAUUAGUUGAUAAAUAUGCAGAUGAUAUUUGCAGAUUAUAUUUAUUUGCUGAAUAUUUUAAGAUUUUAUAAAUAAUACAUAUAAAAAUAAGAUUUAUCUAAUAACUCGAUAUUCGAUAUAUAUGUAUAUAUGUCGCUUUGAUUAAUUAUUACUAAUUGGCGUAUAAUUUAUUCAUGUAAAAGAGAUAAUGAAAAUAAUAAUUCUUCAGAAAUUAUUAUCAAAGUUUGUCAUUUUAUGAGAAUAUCUUGAGAUAUUUACAUUUGUAUAAAUAUUUUUUUUAAAAUAUAUUCACAUUAAUUUAUAAUAUAAAUUUAAAUAAUUUUUUUAUAUAAAUUUAAUAAAAAUAUCAUGCUUAAAAAAAUAUGAUAUAAAUUGAUCAGAAAAAAAUCUGAAUAAAAUAUAAUGAUAAAAAAAAAAGAUAUUUCCUGUUUUGUGCGACAGAUGUUUUUACGAACAGAUCAUUUUUAGAAUGUCAAAGAAGAGUAUCUAUUUCACUUAGUGAAAGAUAUAUGUAUCUUCUUUCACACGGAUAUUAUUGCAAUGACGCAUUUUAUUUAAAUAUUUUUUAAAAAUUAUAUUCUUAACAAUUAUUAUCAUAUAAUUGAAAACAUUUAUUUUUACAUUUGUUAAUCAAAGCGAAAAGAACAAGAAAAAGAAAUUUUGAAAAAUAAAAAUAUAAAAAAAGAAUCUUGUUAAAAAGAAAUAAAUUAUUUUACUAUUUUUUAAUAAUUUUAAUUGAUAUUUUUUAUUUUGAUUUUCCCGAUCUACAAAUAUUUAUUACGAACUUUGGUUUGAACCUUCUAAACUUCUGUCGUAGAAUACACGCCCGACAAAAAAAUUACAGAGUGUAAUUUUUUUAUAUGCAUAUAUGUGUAACAAGGCCAUUUUAGUUCAGUUCAUUGAUGACGAAAUUCCACCAGGAUAAAGAGAAGGAAUUACAAGAAAAUAAUACAUCUCCCUAAUAUCAUCUAUAUCAUUCUUAAAUUAAUUGUAGCAUGCGUAAAUUUGAAUCUGGAUACAUGAUAUUAAUUAUCGAAGUAAGCCUUUAAUUGAGAUAAAUCACUGAAAAAAAAAAUUGAAUAAUUUCAUGGUGACAACAAUUGAAUAUCGUAUAUAUAAAAUAUGAAUAUGUUUACAAUUUUUUUUCAAAAAACAAAUUACGUAUGACAUAAAAAUUCAUACGUUCAUUCGAUAGAUUUUAAACCUGCAGAGUUUGAGUUAGAAUGUCACGAGUUAUUCAGAAUUACCGAUAGAGUUCGUUAACGAAAUAGCAAGGCAAUUGCAAUGGGGUUAUACUACUGACAUUUAAUAUCGUAUAAGAAAUAAUAUAUAUAUAAAUAAAAUACAAAGUUCAAAUUAAUAUCAUUUAUCAUAGAUUGAUAAGAUGAUUUCAUAUUUUUGAUAUCGAAAAAAAAUAUAAAAGAUGGAAUUUUAAAAAUUCAAAUUUUAUCAAUAAAAAAUUAUAAAAAAAAUAAAAUAAGUAAUAUUAAAAAUAGUCAAUCGAAUUUUUAAAAAUAGAAUUGUUUGAAAGUAUGUACAAUUAAAUUUAUUAUAAUAGUAUGCAUAAAUGUGCAUAUAAUGAUUUAUAUUUUUUUAAAAGUUUUUUUAUAUUUUACUUUACUAAAAAGUUAAAAAAUAAAAAAUUGUAUAAAAAAAAAAUUUUUUCAUAAAUAAAUUUGAAAAGUUGACGACGACUUUUGGAUAGGUACUUGAUAAGAAGGCCAAGUGGUAUUGAAUUUACACGCUUAUCUGGAUGAAGGUCGCGAAACCCUGAACGAUCUGUGGCUUUAAAAUAGCGAUACUACGUAAUGAUCACAUGAAUAGAGUUCAGUUUUAGAAUAGUACACGCUGAAUGAACUUUGUCUACUAUAAUUAUCUACCAAUUCUGAAAUGCUUUUUGUUAAAAUUAGUAGACCAAUAAUGAAGAUAUAUAGCUACCAUAUUAUAAAAAUAAUUAUAAAUAUCAAAUUGUAUAAUUAUAAAUAUCAAUUGUAUAAAUAUAAUUAGUUAAUUUAAUUUAAUAUGAAAUAAAUACUAUAAAAAUAACUUGUAUUGUAUAAAUUUUCAUGGGAAAUAAUAUAAAAUUUAAAAGAAGAAACGAGACAUUGUCGACGAUGCUUACCAUAAGGUUAGCGGCAUCAAUGAAAUGGCGCGGUAUCUCAUUGAACCACUUGGCUGACUCAGCCAAUUGCGAGUAUACUAAGUUCAGAGUGCAUUUUUCAUAAGUGCUUUUUAUGACUUUACAGAUUUAAAUUUACGUGAUUAUAUCUUGAAAACAAAUAUACAUGAAACACAACAUAAAUAAAAUAAUACCAUUCAAUUUAUUUUAUCGGUCAUUUGAGAAUAAAUUUAAAUGAUAAAAUAAUUUAGUAAAAUAGGUAUUUUUUGAAAUAUAAUAUUCUUCUCGUAUAAACGAAACUUAUAUGAUCGUGCAAAUAUAAUUUUUAUUUCUAUAUUUAUGAAUUUAAGAAUAAAAAUAAGAAAAAAAAUAACUUCCUAAUAUGAGAAAAAUUUAUUGAUAGAAAGCAAACUAUGAAUAAAAAUUCAUUGAAUAUAAUAUAUAAUAUAUGAUAAAAUCGAUUUGUGUAAUUUUGUGAAAAGGAAAUUUAAUUAUAAUUUGGAAAUUGAGUAACAGAUGACGCUGAUUGUUCCAUAUUACGUAAAUUUCAUUUUAAUAAAAUAAUAUAAAAAAAUUAAAUUUAAGUAAAAAGAAACAAGAUACAUAUUGAUUUGUAAAUUCAGAAUUUAAUAAUUGACAUAAUCUCUAAAAUAAUUUCAUAAAAAAAACCAAUAGUGUAAUUAUAUAUGCAUAUAAAGUGUGAUUUUUAUGCUUUAUUUAUCAUUAAUUGUGUUAUUUAUUAUUUUUAUAAAAGCUUGAAAUGUUAAAAAUUAAAAAUAGAUAAAAAAAAAACAGUUUGAAUAUGUUUUCUUUGAUCAAAGAAUGAAUGAAGUAAGGGAAGAAGAAUGCAGAAAAACUAACAGUGGUAGCAAUCUGAUGAUAAACUAACCCGAUGGUAAGAUGAUCUGAGUGCCCUCGAAGUGGCCGAUGAAAAGCAAUUUGUUCAUUUAGUGCAGAGAGUACAUGACCCUAUGAGCAAAUAAGAUCCACUUUUAUAUCAAGUGUAAUCCUUCUCUACUGCACUCUUAAAUUUAUACUUUUUAAAAAUGAACAUUUACCAAUUUUAUAACAUCAAUCAAAUUAUAUUUCUUUGAAAACAUAUAUGAAUUAUAUAAAAUAGAUCGUAUUAAAGAUUGUAAAAAUCAUGAUUGUCAUGACAUGAAAAAUAAUUAAAUCACUUUAAUCGUCAUUUAUUCUGAUAAUUGGACAAAACAUGAUGAAUUUUAUUUUAAAGCUUAUUAAUGAAUUAGUUUUUAAUUAUCAUAAUUGUAAAAAAAAAUGAACAAAUAGGUUAGUUACAAAUCUCGGUCGGUCAAGUGGUACGCAUAACUGAAAUAUAACCUACCGAAAAGAUUAAACAUUUGUUGACUAAACAAAAACUACGAUUAGGUAGAUUACCUCUUAUGUUGCACAAUAAGUGUAUAUCGCGUGAAAUAACCGCGGCAAAACGAAGAGUGAUGCGUUUCCACGUGAUGAGACAACGGGUAGGCAGAGACAGGACAAGCGGACGAGAACGCGCGUAGAGAGUAACGUAUAUAUACAUACACGGUGGACACGUGCACUCCGUUUGAUCAGAGUCACAGUCACGGUCACGCUUCGAGGGUUGGACGAGCCUAUAUAGAACACCACGGUGGGAGACCCGGUGUACAACGUAUAACCACGCAGUUAGAGAGACGAGGAGAGAAACAAAAGCGGUGGCGCGAGUAACCACUCAUUGAUUCCCCUACCAGCGGCGCGGUCAUCUCUUUUGCACCAUUUUGCUUCACUUUAUUGCCAUUAUUUUAUCUCUUUUCCCAACGUCUCUUUUCUGCCUGACAUCUCAUUAACUCUCUUCCUCUUCAAAUAAUGGUUAUCUCGUUCGUUUUUUAUCUGUCUCUGUCGCUCUUGCACGUUUAUACGAUAUAUGACGCUUUCCGCUCGACGCUUUUACAACGGUAUUACGCGAUUCAGUUGAUUUCGAAACGGUGCAUCGAGAGCGCGGAAUUUCUCUCGUAUAUAUAAUCGGUUUCCUACAAACUCGUCCCCUUUUCCAUUUACAAGUGAAACGCUUUCAAUGUAGAAAGUUCUCGACGAUUCUGCUUCGAGUAUUCUUUUUUUUGUUUUUUUUUUUUUCUUCUUCUCUUCUGCAGUUUCCUUUUGCACCAGCCUCACGAUUCGUUCUUCGUAUCGCAGAAUUGUCAUAUCUACUACUGUGAGAAUCGCCGUUUUGAGGACGUGCCAGUGCUUCACAAUGGGGAAAGCAAAAUGCGCCAAGAAAUAAAAUAAUCACAAUCAAGUGUUCCAUUUUGAUUUUUCUUCGCCAUUUUGACUUUUCAUAAUCCAAUUUUUUUAUAAGCAGCUUAUGUUUUACAUAUUAUUAUUCUUCGUAAUAUUUUCCUGUUUAAUCUUUCAAACAUUUUUCAAAAAUUUUAUAAAAUAUUGAUAUUAUCCUCUCAAAUUCAAUGUCGAAAGUUGUUUCUUCACUUCCUCCACUUUUCUUUUUUCUAUUUAUUUAAAUCUCUGAUAAAUUUAGAUAAUGAACGUGAGAUAUAACGUGCCAACAUUCCGUGCCAAAACAAUGAACAUUUUAUCAUAACUGAUCGUGCACGAAAAUACGAUAAUUCAUUGUCAACAAUUAAAAGCAUGUAAACUAUAUUAUCAUGCGAUACUUAAUAAAAAUAAUGUAUUACAUGGAAAACUAAGCUAAUAAAUUAAUAAUAACUUUCUUAUUAUUUAAUUACGCAUAAUAAAAAUCAAGAAUGAAAUAAAGAACAAUAAUAUAUACAAUAACAUGCAAUUUUUAUUUCAUCGAAGAAAAAAGUUUAAAACCCUUAAAAAAUCUUUAUCAUCUUAAAUUUUAUAUUACUUGAAGAAAAAGAAAUAAGAAAAUUCAAUUUUGAUCGAGUAUCGUAUUUUCGAAACACGACGGUGGAGAUCGUUGCGCGGUCUGCCUAAAGUCAUCGGCCAAGGUAUAUAUAUGAGAGAAUCUUCUGCGCGUUCCCGGAGUAUGCAGGGGGUGGCGAGUCGACAGAUCGAGAGAGAAAGAGAGAAAGCGCUAGAGGAACCGGUGUGUAUGUAUGUGCUGCUGCUGCUGCUGCUGCGACUCUUCAGUGUGAGAACGAGGGAGAGAGAGAGCAAUGAUAACCGAUGAAGAGAUGGAAGAAAGAGUGAGCGCGCAGAGCGAACGCGAGAGAAGCACCGGUACGGAACUGAGUGACAGAGAAAGGAACAGAGGGAUAGAAAAAGAGGAAUGGACAAAGAGAGAAUGAGUGCGAAGGGAGGGAGGUGGCGUGCGCGUGCGAGAGAGAUAGAAAAUCCGGUUGCCUGGCGACGAGCCAUCUAGUUCGAUCCCAGCCAGCCGACCAGCCACCCUCUGGGCGCAGGAGCAACGAGAAAAGGCGACUACCUUUUGCCUUCGUUUCCUUUUUCUUGUCAUUCUUAACUUUCUUCAAUCGCGCCUUUGUUUCCCUGGUCUGGUACAUAAUGAAGAAUUUUCUUGUUCAACCCUUGUUCUUUUUUGUAUUAACAGAAUAACGUAGUGUAUGAACGAAUAUCGGUGAUAGCUUUCGAUUAGUUCGGGAAAAGAAAAGUGCACACGUUUCAAGGCCGAAACGAGCGGUCGGUUGGUCGAUCGGUCGAGUGCGUUGCGCGUGUGAUGUGUUGAAUAGUGGAAAGAUCGUUUUGAAUAGUGUUUCGUUUUGUCACGAAAGGAUGAGAAUGGUUCUUGAAGUAGAGAAUCAUCGUGGAGGGAGCCAGAUGUAAAGAGAAGAAAUCAAGAAACAGAAGAAGAAAGAGUGGUCCAUUAUCGGAGACAAAGCAAACGAUCGAAUCAGAGAAAGACACAUAGAGACACGGUGUGUGCACAUAUGUAGCGUAUGUGUGAAUAUAGACACAUGUUCGAAGAAAUAAAAGGGUAUUUCGAGGUGAUGUGAAAUUGAUAAUAAGAUGAUUCAAGGUUUUUACCAUGAGAUGGAAAUCAAUCAAAUUUUCAAUAUUGUUCUUCGACGGAACAUUACAAUAAUGCGGAGAGAUCUUUGCUCGAAAUGAAAAUGUGCAUAUUUUUCAAGUUGUUAGGGGAUCACGAUAAUUUGAAUCCAUGCCGAUUAAUCGAAUCGUGAAUCGAAUUGAUUCUACAAAAAGGAAAAUUAAACUGUUCCGGUAAUGGUGAUACAUCACCAGAGGAACUUUCUACGAAGAAGUGCGAGGAUCUUAUCGUAGAAAUAAUCUUAGAAAUUUUAUGCGUUUGAUCGAAUCAAGUUUCGCUCCAGAUAACCGCUGAACGAUAAUAUUAAUCGAUAUAAUCAACGAAGAACUCGACUUUACGAUAAUUUGUACACAUUCUAGGAAUAUUUUUAAAAAAGAACAGAGGCAAAAGGUGGCCCAUUGAAAGAACUUGCCAACUAUAACGGAUCUCGUGUCUUUUUUCAUCCUGUUUCCCAUCUUUCUUCGUCGCUCUUGUUACUCUCCCUCUAUCCUUUUUACUCUGUCCCUCCCUCUUCCUCUCUUUCUCUCUCUCGCGCGCGCUCUUGCUCUUGCUCUCGCUCGUUACAGCCGAUCAACGCGAAUCGAGACCUACGCAUAGUCCAGCAAUAUGUUCCAGUGCAUUAUUCAGCAGAGGAACGGAUGGAUUCAUCCUUAUAACCCCGACACUAAGGACGUCCUUCCAGAUAUACGAUUGCAGCUGAACGAGCAGCUGAGAUGUCUCGACAUCCGGAUGGAGGCCCAAGUCGCCAUCGUGGCGGAGCUUCAGGAUUUUUUUCGAAAGAGAGCCGAGCUCGAGCUCGAUUACAGCAAGUCUCUCGACAAGUUGGCCAGAAGCAUACAGCUCAGACACAAGGAGCAAAAGCAAAAGCGAGAACAGUGGCCCCUAUUCUCGAGCUAUGCUUGCUGGCAGCAACUUAUCAAUGAGACUAAAUCCUUAAGCAGAGAUCAUGCAGCUUUGUCAGAAGUAUAUAGCACACACCUCGUUGGUCGUCUUAAUCAGGUGAUGGAAGAUGUUCAACGGAUAUACAAACGUUGCCGUGAAAUAGGUUAUGAGACGCACGAGGAAAUUCUUCGAGUAUUGGAUGAGCUGCAUACCACGAUGAAAACGUAUCAGACAUACCAGACCGGGUCACGGCAAGCAGAAACGAAACUUCGCGUCGCGGAACAGCAGCGUAGCAAACUCGAGGUAGCAAAUGCUCCUCCAGAGAAACUCGCGCGCAGCAAGAAAUACAAACUCAUGGAAAAGGAAGUGAACAAGAGGAAAGUUAAAUAUCAAGAGGCGAAGCUGAAAGCGUUGAAAGCAAGAAACGAAUACAUUUUAUGUCUUGAAGCAUCCAAUACGACAAUACAUAAAUAUUUCGUUGACGAUCUUUCGGAUCUUAUCGAUUGUAUGGAUUUUGGUUUCCAUAAUUGUAUUGCCAGAGCUUUGCUGAUGCAUUGUAGCGCAGAGGAAGGUAGACAACGUUCGCUACAAUCUGGUGCUGAACAAUUGGCUGCUUGUGUUGGUGCUCUAGACUCGAGGGCGGAUAAACAAAGAUUUUUGGAAUCUCAUCAUGCUGCUUUCAUGAUUCCUAAGAAAUUCGAAUUCCAAGGACAACGAGGGGAUGAGACUCCCGAACCAGAACUUCAAAAAUUAUUGCACGCUGAGAUGGAGCAACGAUUGGCUCAAUUACAACAAAGAUUAACUUCCUUGAGAACAGAAUCUGAAGAAGUUUGGAAAACUUUGGAAACAGCAGAAGCUAGUCUAUUGGAAAUGUUAACUGCAAAAGACUACGAUUGUUCAAGAUAUUUUGGAGAGAACGCUGUUCCCACUUCCAGACCACCGGAAACCGUGCAAAUCAAGCUUAGAGCCGAUAGACAAGAAACUGAAGAAUUCUACCUCACGAAAUUCAGGGAAUAUCUUCUUGGAACCUCAAGAAUAGCUAGGUUAGAUGCAAAACAAGAAUACAUUCGGCAGAGCUUAUUAGAUGGUUCUACUGCUAGCCCAAAUCCAUCAAUAUCAACAACGAAACAAAAACAAGCUCGAAGAAAACGAAUUGGUAGAUUGCAAAUGAAUGGUCAACCAAAAUUAUUUGGUGGCUCAUUAGAAGAAUAUUUAGAAAGCACAAAUCAAGAAAUACCUCUAAUCAUGAAAAGCUGUAUCAGAGUGAUCAAUCUGUAUGGUCUUCAUCAUCAAGGUAUUUUCCGAGUCUCUGGCUCCCAGGUAGAAAUUAAUAAUUUCCGAGAAUGGUUUGAGAGGGGAGAAGAUCCAUUGGCUGAUGUCACAGACGCAUCAGAUAUAAACAGUGUGGCUGGUGUAUUGAAGCUUUAUUUGAGAGAAUUAAGAGAACCACUGUUUCCUAUUAUUUAUUUUGAACAUUUAAUGGAACUAGCGCAGUUAGAAUCAAAGCAAGAAUUCGUUAACAAGAUGAAAGAAUUGAUUUCCAGUCUUCCAAGACCAGUUGUUAUAGUAAUGCGAUACCUGUUUGCUUUUCUCAAUCAUCUCUCAGAAUUUUCGGAUGAAAAUAUGAUGGAUCCAUAUAAUUUGGCAAUUUGCUUUGGUCCCACAUUAGUACCUGUUCCAGAAGAUAAGGAUCAAGUACAAUAUCAAAAUCAAGUAAAUGAACUCAUCAAGAAUAUUAUCACAUUCUGCGAAGAAAUAUUUCCAGAAGACAUUGGAGGUACUCAAUAUGAAAAAUACAUCAGUAGAGAACCUGAUGACGUAGAUGUAGGAGACUCGCCGACAGAUCAAGCCCAAGAAGAUAUGGAUUCUGAGGUGUAUCCAUCCGAAGAUGAAUCAGAAAACCUUGAAGCCACAGCGCAAUUCGAUUUCAAUGCAAGAUCCGAAAGAGAGUUAAGCUUCAAAAAGGGAGAUACCUUAACUCUAUACACACAAGUCAGUAAUGACUGGUGGCGAGGUGCCUUGGCCGGUAGAGAGGGGCUUAUUCCCGAUAAAUAUAUAAUGAUCAAGAUAAAGGAUGAAGAACGUGAAAAGGAACUCCUGAAAUCGUCCAGCGAAGAAUCAAUGCGAAGAAGAACUUCUAGCUCUGCCGACAGUGUUCUUUCAAGUAACAAUUCACCACUGAUGGGACCAUCCGGAAAUCCAAAUACUUGGCCUCCUGGUACUACAUCUGAUAUGCAGUCUACCACGAUCACAACAGAAAAUAGCAGUAACAGCGGUGUUAUCCCAGCAGUCGUGACAAAUGUCCCUUGCAUCUCAUCAACACAACCAAUCAUCAGUCGAGAGGAAUGCGCAUCUCGAAUGGCAAAAGUAUCAACACCAGAAAAAGAAAAACAUAUCUUCGUUACCGAUCAUCGUACAGAUCCUAUGUCAGUAAUUAUCACUAAUAACACGGAGAAUGAGAAGAUAUUAGAAUUUAGUGAAUCGUCACAACCACAACGUAACGAAGAUAGCGAAGAGACAGAACGUAUUUCUUUGAUGAGCUUGGAUAGUGGAACAAAGCGUGGAACAAGCAGGAAACAACAUUGGAAAUCUCAGAGUAUGGGCGAUACUGUACAACAAACAACGAAUUCUGUUCAAACUAGCAACAUUAUCUCUCAAGAGGAGGAACCGCAGGAACAACCGACGUUUUCAGCAAAUCGAGAGCUUUGGCAGAGACGAGCAACAUCGCAGACGCAAUUGAAUCCACCUGCACCUCCAAAUCAUAAAAUUUUUCGCACCUCUCAAGAAUUCCGUGAAAUGCGUCAAAAACAUACACCAGAUCUUGUAAUGGAUCUGCCGUUAUCUGCACAAGAUGCAAGCAAAAAAUCAGCUUCAUCAAGCAGUCUAAGCAGUUCUGAUGAAGAAACUCCUACACAGCCAUCUCGUACCGAAGCAGCCACAUCGCCAACAGGGGGACCCGAAUCUCCUGAUAUGAGUACAGCCGCAGAAAGAUUUGCCAAACAAAACCAAUGCACUUUAAAAAAGAAUACUAAAUCUAAUCCAGAUGCAUCAAAAUUGAAACGUGUAGAAACCGAACAUGAUCCCGAACAAGAAUCGGAAGAAAUCGUUAGAUCGACUAGUUCUAAUCAGAUUUCAGAUUCGAUGUCCUUAAGAUCACCUCUUCCACCACGUUCAACGCCUAAGAUAGCGGCAAAAUUUGCAGAUAUGCAUUUAACAGGUGGUAGUCAGGUAUCUUCGUUCAAACCACAAAUAAAAGUGAAGCCAACAAUCCUUAGAAAACCAGUGUUACCGUUCCCACAUCCACAUAUGAGUCCCGAGCUCGCAAGGAAGAUUGAAAAGCAAGCACAAAGUACUGAACAAACCAAUUAAUUGCUAUUCAGGGUAUCAUAAAAAACAAAAGAGUUUUUAGCAGCGAAGAAAUAUUUAUUUUCUAUGAUCCAUGCGUGUUUGAGUAAGAUUUCCAGACGCAUAGAUUUGCCACUGACUUUCCAUUGACCAGUUACUCCGCCCAAAUCGUAAGGACACGAAGUGUGUUAGUUACUGUACCCAAAAAGAAAGGAAAGCCGAACAGCAUCACUCCUUAAUAUGAAACGAAACACAUGAAUUUAGUUGCAUAUGAAAGGUUUGAUGCUAUUCUCGGGCCAAGUUUAUUUUUUCUACGACUAUUUUCCAUUUUCGCAUAAUUUUUUUACCAAAUGACCCGCGAAACGAUGUUUCUAGUCAUCGAACGACGAUUGAAAAACGAUGCGAGAAAUGUAUGAGCGAGAAAAUACAUCGAAAAAACAUUAAAAAAAAAAAUUUCGAGGUUAAGCAGUUUUUCGUCGAAAGAGAGAGAGAGAGAGAGAGAGAGAGAGAGAGAGAGAGAGAGAGAGAGCGAACGAGAGAAAAUAAAAACAAAA